AUGGCGGCGCCACCCGGUCAUCACCCAGGUCAGGGGGUCGGCCUGUUGGCCGGCCUCACCACCGUCUUGCUCGGCGUCAGCGCCUUCUGGUUCGGCAAGACCACGCCCUCGAGGGCGCAGGAGGCCGCCAACCUCUCUGCGCCGCUCGCACCAAGCCCUGCCGCGCCCUCCUCGUCCUCCCUGCCCACCGACAGGUGUGGCAUCUUCCCGCCGCUCACUCCGGCCGAGUGUCCGGCACCAUCACCACCAAGCGAGACGCCCUUCUCCCCGGCUCUCGACCACACCACCACGUCGACCACGGCCGUGCCGGCCUGGUCAGACCUCAAGCUGCUGGGAUACCAGCUCGUCUUCGCCCUCUGGGAUGCUCUCUUGGCGCAGUUGGAGGCGCUGUUUUGCUCUGCCCCGUUCCGUCGCAGCUUGGGCUUGACUCGAGGCAGCACCGCCUUCAAGGUGGCCACUGUUUUCUCUCGCUCCCUCGUCUACAUCAUCGGCAAUCAGCACGGCUCCCAGGGCGGCUACCUCUUGGCCUACUAUCUUCUCGAGCUCGUCUUGACGUAUCUGUACACUUCGGCCUUUGGGAAAGAUGAAGACGAGACGGACCGUGACAAGCUACGUCGCACUGCACAUCUCCUCGGCUGUCGCGAACAGGACUUUCAAGAUACCAUGGCAGCGAAAGACGACCAACUUGCAUCCCGAGACUGGCAAAUUGCACUCGACAACUUCGAGAUCGCUCAACUGAAAGCCCAGCUGAAGCAGACUCGUCAUGAGUUGAAACUCGAGCGAUCUGGUGUCAAUAUCUCCGAGAAAGUGCAAGCGAAGAAAGAGGAGCUCAAGGUAUUGGAGGCAAAGGCUCAUUUCGCCGAUCAAAGUCGACAGAAGGCGCUCGAUGAGCGUCGUACCACGGAAGCAUCUCGCAGACAAAUCCACCAGCAACUGGCUCAAAGCAAGGAUGAAGACAAGAAGAUUCGCCAAGGCUUGAGCAUGGUCAAAUUCCAUGUCCGCACCGCCAAAGAUGAGAUCCAGCGAAGCAAUAACAAGCUCCGUGAGCUCCGAGAGGAGGAACUGUCCUUUGAAGAAUCGAAGAAGAAGAUUGCUGGCUUGGAAGAGAGCAUCGCAGGUGUGCAGGCUGAGAAGGAUGCCCGUGAGAACCAGCUGCAGACUACGCAACACGAACUUGAGCAGGCACGCACCGAGGCUCAACAGUGCAGCGAAUUGAAGUUACAGGUUUCCACCAUGAAGCUUCAGGUGCAAGAGCUCGAAGCUACGAAGGAUCGCCAGGCCACCAUCAAGAUUGAAAAGGCAGCUUCGACAAGCAAAGAAUGGACGAGAUCGCCAGAUGAUAUCAAGGAUCUGAAUAUUUCUUUCACCAAGUGGCAGACCGAGAAAGUCAUGAGUGAAGACGACCUGUCCACUCUCUACAAGGCAAUGGACUCCACGCUUACAUGGGUCCAGUACUGGUGCGGCACUGCUGGGUCAAUGAACCAGCAUAUUAAGGGACUCAACGAGACCAUCGAGGCCAAGGACAAUGAUCUCAAGGCCAAGGAUGCCGCCAUCCAGGCCAGGAACGCCGCCAUCCAGGCCAAGAACGAAGAUAUCAAGGCCCACGAAAAGAAGCACAAGGAUGAUGCGGAGUUGCAGAACGAGACCGACGCGGCGCUUGAUGAGGCUUUCCGAGAAGAGCGGCAACAAUGGCUGAUCGAUAUCAGUGGGACAUAUGUCCUUCCUGAAGCUGACCAUAAGCGUUUCGUCACUCACGGUCUACUGUUCCCAGGCAAGAACUUCGCGCACUUUGUCAGAGACGAGCAUGUGGACGCCUGGCAGACAGAGAUCGAGCGACUGGCCAUUGUGCGACAGGAGGCUCAGACAGUUGCGGGCCUGCAGACUCAAGCGGAUGAGCAUCAACUAGCUCAACGCAUGGCAGAUGAAGCAACAUCGCAAGCAUACGUGGACGUAUGUGCAGCAGUGUUCGAGCAAUUCAUGACUGCACCAGCAAGAGCCAAGGUUGAGACUGAGACGUUCAACUUCCCUCAUGUCUCACCAGCAGUCACACGAGAACCCUCUCAGGCUGGACCUGUUGGAAACGAUGCUACGAAAUAUCCCGAGACGUUCAACUUCCCACAUGUCUCACCCGCAACCGCCGACAACACCUCGACAUUUCCGCAGAUGUUUUCAUCGCGACAUGCACCAGAUCCAAAUGCUCCAGAGGCGGAAAACAGCAAUCCGUUCUCGUUCAUCCCUGAGUCAAACGGUGCAUCUUUGAGGAGAUCUACCAACAACCGCAAGAAGCCCGCUCACAGGACUCGCGGUCAUCGUGCGCGAUAG